AAUGGUUCGAAGAAAACAGGCGAUUUUGCACAAGGUUUCACAAUCAAAGAAAGAUAAAGGGAGAAUAAUCGGAGGUGCAGUUCGAAGAAGAUAUCGACCAGGCGUGAAAGCUCUGAUGCAAAUUCGAGAAUUUCAACGCAGUACAAAGCUAUUGAUCAGACGUUUGCCAUUCGCUCGAGUUGUAAGGGAAGUUACUCAGGAAAUGUUUCAAGGAAAUUGUGAUUUUAGAUGGCAAGUAGUGGCAAUUAUGGCCCUCCAAGAGGCAGCUGAAAAUUUUUUAGUCACCUUACUGGCCGAUUCUUACUUAUGUACUUUACAUGCUAAGAGGGUUACUUUAAAAGUUGAAGAUAUCCGAUUAUGCAGAAGAAUUCGAGGUGUUCAACACAUGUGGUAG